AUGGCUCAAGCAAAAGGCUUCACCAUCUUUGCCCGUGCAUGGACGGCGUCUCCUCCCCGAAAGACAUACAUGCAUUCCAUCCCCUCCAUGCCGAGAUCAGAGGAUGAGGAGAGCGUUGACUCUUCAUCCGGCAGCGACGGCACAUACACUCCGAGCUCCGUAUCCUCGUCGACGACCACCAUCUCCACCACUUCAGCACCCUCGGCGGACAUUGCCAUGGUCAAGCCAGCCACCCGGGGGAAAGUCGACUUUUCCGUCCUGGAAGAUAUCUUCGCACAGGAGACUGCAGCAGAGACUCCGGGCUCCUCGCCCUUGUGGUACAUUCUGACCACCGCGCUCCUUUUGGCCUUCCACAAGGAGAAGCUAAUCGGGGAGCUCUGGGCAUAUCUGAGCGGAAGGGAUGUGGCCGCACAAGACGGAGAACCAGGAGAUUUGCUCGCCGUUGCCAGACGGAUCCGGGAGGCGUGCUUGAAAGCCAGCACGCUGGUGGGAUUCCCCAGGGCCAUCAAUGCCCUCCUCGCGCUCCAGCAGGCCAUCAAGACCACCCACCCAGCCCUCUCCAGCAUCCUAGAAGCCGACCAGUCCCUCCGCGCCGCCGCCACGCCGGGCGACCACGAGUCCAAAGCCGCGCGGGGCAUGCGGCUGUUUGAGCGCAUCUACGCGCAGCACAGCCCGCGCGUGCUGGCGGCCAUGUCGACGUGCUCGGGCGGCGACCUGACGCACUUCGCCAUCCGCUGCAUCUACGGCGAGCUGCUGGCCGAGGCCGCCGUCAUCGGCGACCUCGACACCGGCCUGCUCGAGUUCGUCUGCUGUCUGGCCGACGGCUGCGGCCCGCAGGCCAAGGGCCACUUCUUCGGGUCCGUCAACUUGGGCGCGAGCCGGGGGUCGUUGCGCGCCGCGGUGCGCUUGGCCGACGCGGUGGGCCGGCAGGUCCGUGCUGCGAGGCCGUGGGUGGUGGACGAAGACACGGGGAUGGACAACGACGACGAGGAUCAGGAACAGAAUCGCGCCGAGUGGAGGUUCUUGGACCGCGUCAUGGUCGAGUAG